GGGGCCCUGCAAAUUGGGUUGUUGACUUUGGUUCUGAGGGUGUAGGACAAACCUCAAAAGUUGUGGUCAAAAGAAGUCCUCCGCUUCGAAAUUGGUGGGAUGGUUGCAGUACCACAUGUCCCCCGCAGAGGACGCACUCCCUGUAUGGACGAAGCUCUCAGACGCAUCUGGAAAAGAUAACAGAGGCUCACACUCCCCUCUAGAGGACCUAAGGAGCAGUCAUAAUUCACCCCCCCCCCCCCCCGUGUCGUGUGGCUCGACACUCUACUUGCAACUUGCGUUUCAAUGUGAGCCUGUUUGCAAGGUGAGCGUCCCGCGCCCAACAGCCCCGGCAGUCGUCGAAACUUCCACGGAUAGCGAUGCAGUGAGGAUGUGCGCCGCCAGGUUGGAUGGACGCCUCAAUGGCAGCGCCGAGGAGGCGACGGGGCCGCCUCCCGCGGCCCCCAGGGUGACGAUGGACUGGGCAGAGGCCGGUCCGCGCAUCCUCCACAGUCUGCAGAUGGGCACUGUCAUGACCCUUUUCUACCAGAAGAAAUCCCAACGUCCAGAAAGGAGGACUGUACAGAUCAAGCAGGACACCAGACAAAUCGUGUGGCGUCGCAGCUCGGAUAAAAUCGAAGGAGAGGUGGACAUCCGAGAGAUCCGCGAGCUGCGCUUGGGAAAGGCCUCCCGAGAUUUUGAGCGCUACCCGGAGGAGGCUCGUAAAGUGGACUCUGCCCUCUGCUUCAUCGUGCUUUACGGUCUGGAGUUUCGCCUCAGGACUCUCAGUUUUGCAGCCUUCAGUGAGGACGAAGUGCACAUGUGGAUCGCUGGUCUCAACUGGCUGAUGAGCGACACUCGGAGAGCAGCGGCCCCGCUACAAACUGACAGAUGGCUGAGGAAACAGUUUGAAGUCAUGGACAGGGACCACGAGGGAAGUGUCACAUUGAAGGAUGUGAAAGCUUUGCUGCCUCAGGUCAACUACCGAGUCCCCAACUUGCGCUUCCUGAAAGACAAACUACAGGAGGUUGAUGCCCGCGGUGAAUUGGUGUACCCCAACUUUGCACAACUUUAUCGAACACUGAUGUUUGACGCACAGAGGAGUAUUAUCGAACAACUGGAACUCUCCUUCCUUUUGCGGAAUGUCGACAGACCAGAACUGUGCCAGAUUUCCCUUUAUGACUUCCAGAAAUUUUUACAAAUUGAUCAAAAGGUGUCCUGGGCAUCAGAUUUGAAUCGGGUCAGAGAGUUCCUCGCAGGCUACCUAAGAGGCGGACCACAGUCUGAGCCCGCCUUGCAACUGGACGAGUUCCUGACCUUCUUGUUCUCAAAAGAGAAUUCAGUGUGUGACCCUCAGCUCUCGCCCCUCCUUCCCGAAGACAUGAAGAGGCCGCUAGCGCAAUACUGGAUCUCUUCCUCACACAACACCUACCUGACAGGUGACCAGUUUUCCAGCGAGUCCUCCCUCGAAGCCUACGCUCGCUGUCUGAGGAUGGGCUGCCGCUGCAUCGAACUGGACUGCUGGGAUGGACCCGAUGACCUGCCCAUCAUCUACCACGGUCACACUUUAACCUCCAAGAUCAAAUUCCUCGACGUGCUUCACACCAUUAAAGAACACGCCUUUGUUACGUCCGAGUAUCCCGUCAUCUUGUCUCUCGAAGACCACUGCAGCGUGGUCCAACAAAGGAACAUGGCCACACACUUCAAGAAGGUCUUUGGGGAGAUGUUGCUCACCAAGCCCGUUGACAACAACGCCGAGGACCUCCCUUCACCCUGGCAGCUUCGCAGGAAGAUCCUGAUCAAGCACAAGAAACUGGUGGAGGGAACCUUGUACGAAGAGGUCCCAACGGGCAGGUCCUCGGACAACGACCUCAGCAACUCGUUGAAGAACGGCAUCCUCUACCUCCAAGACCCCGUCGACCACACUUGGACGCCGCAUUAUUUUGUCCUGACCAGUAAGAAGAUUUACUAUUCGGAGGAGACGUCCCACUACCAGACGGCUGACGAAGAAGAAGAAGAUUUGGAUGACGCCAACGAGGAAUGUCGGGGCGACAACGGCGAGCCGCACGGCGCCGAGCGCUGGCUUCACGCUAAGCUGGGCGGAGGUUGCGACGGCCGUCAGCUGGCGGAAAAACUCCUGCGGGACUAUUGCGAGGGCGGAGGGCAAGAUGGCACCUUCCUGGUGCGCGAGAGUGAGACCUUUGUCGGGGACUACACCUUGUCCUUCUGGCGCUCGGGACGCGUCCAGCACUGCAGGAUCCAUUUACGUCAAGAAUCCGGCGCCACUCGUUUCUACCUGAGCGAGCACCCGGUGUUCGACAGCCUUCGCCAGCUCAUCUGCCACUACCGAGAGACGCCGCUGCGCUGCAACGAGUUUGAAAUGAGGCUCGGCAACCCGCUACCUCAACCGAACGCGCACGAGAGGCGAGAAUGGUACCACUCGAGCCUGUCCCGAGUUCAAGCCGAGCGCAUGCUGAUGCGAGUGCCUCGAGACGGAGCCUUCCUGGUGCGGAAACGCAGCGAGCAGAACUCUUACGCCAUCUCCUUCAGGGCGGAGGGUAAGAUCAAACACUGUCGAAUCCAGCAGGAAGGUCGCCUCUUCAUGCUGGGCAGCUCGGCAGAGUUUGAGAGUCUGGUGGAUCUGGUGAGCUACUACGAGAAGCGGCCCCUCUACCGCAAGAUGAAGCUGCGUUAUCCCAUCAAUGAGGACGCUUUGGAUCGGAUGGGCACCGCGGAACUUGAUUACGGGGCCUUGUAUGAAGCUCGCGCUCCUCAUUUUUACGUGGAGGCAAACAAGAUGGCCGCCGCUCGGUGCACGGUCAAGGCGCUGUACGACUACCGAGCCCAGAGGGAAGAUGAGUUGGGGUUCCCCAAAGAGGCGCUCGUCUUAAAUGUGGACAAGCAGGAGGGAGGCUGGUGGCGAGGUGACUACGGCGGCAAGAAGCAGCUGUUGUUCCCCGCAAACUAUGUGGAGGAAGUACCCAGCUCCCCGACGAGAGAGACGCUCGAAGCAUCGGCAGAGAACAGUCCCCUGGGUGCAUUUCUCAAGGGUUUCAUUGAUGUCCAGACGUGUCACGUCGUGGUGCACAAAGAUGGCAAACAUUCGCGGCCUUUCGUCUUCACCGUCCAUUGCGGCCCCUCGGCCUCUCGGCCCCUCCGGACGCUGGACGUGGCCUGUGACGGCCCGGAGGAGCUGAGCGGCUGGGUCGGCAAGAUCCGGGAGGCCACGCACGACGCGGGCGCGCGGAUGCAGGAGGAGAAGCAGAUGGAGAGAAGGAAGAAGAUUGCGGUGGAGCUGUCAGACCUGGUGGUUUACUGCCGUCCCGUUCCCUUCGACGAGGACAAGAUCGGGACCGAGCGAGCCUGCCCCCGGGACAUGUCGUCCUUCCCGGAGACCAAAGCGGAGAAGUUGGCCACGCGGGGCCGAGGGAAGCGCUUCCUCCAGUACAACCGCCGUCAGCUUUCCAGAGUUUAUCCCCGCGGCCAGAGGCUGGACUCGUCCAACUACGACCCCCUCCCCAUGUGGCUGUGCGGCUCCCAGCUGGUUGCGCUCAAUUUCCAGACUCCAGAUAAAGCGAUGCAACUGAACCAGGCCUUGUUCACGCUGGGGGGGGGGAGCGGCUACGUUCCCCAACCGGACAUCAUGAGGGAUGAAACCUUUGACCCUUUUGACAAGGACACCUUGCGGGUGGAGCCCAUCACCAUCCAGCUGGAGUUGCUCGGCGCUCGGCACCUCCCGAAAAACGGUCGCAGCAUCGUCUGCCCCUUCGUGGAGAUGGAGAUCUGCGGCGCGGAUUACGACAGCUGCAAGUUUAAGACCGACGUCGUAGCCGAUAACGGUCUCAAUCCCGUGUGGACGCCCAAGCCGUUUGUGUUCGACGUCCGCAACCCGGCCUUCGCGCUCCUGCGCUUCACCGUCUACGACGAAGACGUGUUCAGCGACCCCAACUUCUUAGCUCAGGCGACGUACCCCGUCCGUCUGCUACGUACAGGUUAUAGAAGCGUCAUUCUCAAGAACGGCUACAGCGAGGAGCUGGAGUCGGCCUCGCUUCUUGUUCACAUCGAGAUCAUGAACGCAAAGGAAGACGGCAACGGGAAUCUUUACACGUCCAUCCAGCGACUCCGCGAUCGAACCAGUGAACUAUCCAACACAAUUUCCUUGCUGGAGAGUUCGGGCUCUCGGGAUUUCACGUACCAGCAGAGCGUAGAAGAGCUGCGAGUGGCUCAAGAUCAGCUGAGCGAGCUGGUCGAGGCCCGCAACCGCAGACUAAUGGAGAAGAAGAGGCGGGAAAGGCUGCGACUGCAGGUAGCGGCCAAGCGCACGUAGUUCCCUUGUCCAGCAGAGGGCGUUAAAGAGCAACGGACUACGCGACUCAUCUCGUGACGUCACAGUACCCACACUCACUUCGGCCGUUUGAAGCUGAUUCAGAAACCUCAUUGUUUUUUUGGGGGGUUUCUUAAAUUUAAAAUUGACAGAUCGCCCCCCCCACACACACACACACUUGAGGCUUGCCUCCCAGAAAAGGAUUCUUAUUAAAAAUAUUUUGAUUACAUUUUAAUCUUAUUUUAGCAUUACAGAAAAGGCUCCAAACUCCCAGUAUGUUAACCUCUACUGUGAUUACUAAUUUGCAUACAAAUGCAAAAAAAAAAAAACAACACUCAGUAUUGACCCAGUCCCAGUCCCGUGACACUCAGAUUACAGUUCCUGUAAAAAUUGUUCUCUUGCGAUAGAAAAACUGUUCACUGAUAUGAAGUAUUGUCUAAAAAAAAAAUGACAGAAGCCCAUCCAAGUGGGCUCUUCCUGUUUUGUCAGCAGGAAGAACAAAACUCAGGUUCCCCCAAAAAUGCGACUGCAUUUUGCGGCAUGCAAACAUCCCGUCUGUGCCUUUUUUUUUUUUCCUGUUUGUCAUUGAAAGUUGUCACUUGAAAACAAUGCGAGAGUUUGUUUUCGACUGUCAAUAAAUGAGUCUCUCAUGCCGCACGCUA